AAAUGAAAAGAAAAUUAGGAAGAGCAAUAGUUUAGAGAGCACACUGGAAAGAACAUUCAUUUGUGAUUUUUUUAAAAAAAGAAAAAGCUAAAAUCUUAAAUUAAAGUUAAGAAAAUUAGGAGAGAGAAGUAUACUUUAUAAGGGGAAAUAAAAGAAUUUAAAUUUUUCAUUCAGUCUAUUCGCGGACCUGUCCGGAAGCUAGACAGCCUUAAAGCGGCAACCAAACAGCCCCUAUUAAAUAGAGCGAGCGUUGGAAUCGCCCGGAACACAGAAGCUGCCUCGCCCUAUCCUUAAAUCCGACCACUCUCCGCAGGUGUUCUGUGCUCCGGUCCGCGAAGAUCUCAGAUCUGAACAGGAAUACUGGAGAUAUGAUUUAAGAAGCAAAAUUCACUGUUUGAGAAGAGAAGGAAACCCGGAUCGAAGGAAGCUGAUAAACUGAAUUUUUAUAAUUAUUAAGGAGACGAAGAAGCAUCAGAUCAGGAAAGAUGCCAGCGCAGAAGAUUGAAACUGGUCACCAGGACACAGUCCAUGAUGUCGCCAUGGAUUACUAUGGAAAGCGCGUGGCCACAGCUUCAUCCGACAGCACCAUUAAGAUUACUGGUGUAAGCAACAACUCUGGUUCGCAGCAUCUUGCUACACUUACAGGCCAUCAAGGCCCUGUUUGGCAGGUUGCUUGGGCACACCCAAAAUUUGGAUCAAUGCUUGCUUCCUGUUCCUAUGAUGGCCGAGUGAUAAUUUGGAAAGAAGGCAAUCAAAAUGAAUGGGCACAGGCUCAUGUUUUUAACGACCAUAAAUCAUCUGUCAACUCUAUUUGCUGGGCUCCCCAUGAUCUUGGCCUCUGCUUGGCUUGUGGGUCAUCAGAUGGGAACAUUUCUGUCUUCACUGCACGAUCUGAUGGUGGUUGGGACUCUACAAGGAUAGACCAAGCUCACCCUGUUGGAGUUACUUCGGUUUCCUGGGCUCCGUCAAUGGCCCCUGGUGCUCUAGUUGGAUCUGGCUCACUGGAUCCUGUUCAGAAGUUGGCUUCGGGUGGUUGUGACAAUACUGUGAAGGUAUGGAAGCUAUACAAUGGAACUUGGAAGAUGGAUUGCUUCCCUGCUCUUCAGAAACACAGUGAUUGGGUGAGGGAUGUGGCUUGGGCUCCCAACUUGGGGCUUCCAAAGUCCACAAUUGCAAGUGCUUCACAGGAUGGGACUGUUGUUAUAUGGACUGUGGCAAAGGAUGGGGAUCAAUGGGAUGGGAAGAUUUUGAAAGACUUCAAGACUCCAGUUUGGAGGGUCUCAUGGUCGCUGACUGGAAACUUAUUAGCUGUGGCUGAUGGCAACAAUAAUGUAACUUUGUGGAAAGAAGCAGUUGAUGGGGAGUGGCAACAGGUGACUACAGUCGAGCCAUAGAUUUCAGGUUUUGUGUGUUUGCAUUUUUUGAGAGCAUCGUCAUGGUUUUUGGGUCUUUUCAGAAAUUAGUUGUUUCUACUUUUAUUACUAUAGCCUUUUUGUUCAAACACUUGUUCAUUGUAUUGCUUAGUUUGAUAAAGAUUCUUACCAACUUAUUUUGGGAGGGGAGGGGGGUUGAUGAUUAAUUAACUUUUUUUUCUGUUAAA